AUGCGUUUCAAUUUAUGUUUCUUAGUCACUCUCUUCGUGUUCUUGGCUUUGAUAGAUGUUGCUCAGCUUGGAACGCCUUUCCGGCUUGAUGUUUUAAGGGAAGAAGAUAUUGUUGGACUUGAGGAGUUUCUAAGUCAUCUGGAGCCUGAUGUUCGUGACGCAGUGCUGGAUUUGCUAGAAGCAAAGGAAAUCCCAGAUCAAGAACUCGCUAAUAGAAUUAUGAAGAAAAUUAUGAGAAAACUCCCCCGUAAAAUACAAGAAGAUUUGUUCGAUUUGUACGUAAAAACACUACCACAGUAA